AUGCAAUUCUCCCUUCAAUCCGUCCUCGCCCUGGCCGGCCUUGUGUCUGCCAGUCCCCGGUUGCCUGAGUCCCAUCCCUGGGUACCUGCCGGACCAGGAGACUAUCGUGGACCAUGCCCGAUGAUGAACACCCUCGCGAACCACAACUUCCUUCCUCAUGAUGGCAGGAACCUUACUAGGCCGACCGUUGUGGAUGCCCUAACCAGUGCGUUGAAUUUUGACGCUGGUCUCGCCAAUACAAUGUUCGACAUGGCCAUUAUUGCGAAUCCUGUUGAGAAUUCAACUUACUUCACGCUGGACCAUCUAAACAGACACAAUGUCUUAGAGCACGAUGCCAGCCUCAGUCGUGCAGACAGCUACUUCGGCUCGAACCACAUCUUCAACGCAACAGUCUUCGCUGAAUCCCGCGCCUUCUGGACAAACUCCACAUUGACUGCUGACAUGCUCGCGAAUAGCAAGAUUGCCCGUCAGAUCGUGUCCAAGGCUUUCAAUCCUACGUACAGAUUCACCGAGACCACAGAGCAGUUUAGUCUUGGCGAGAUUGCAGCUCCGAUUAUUGUCUUUGGGGACAUGGAUGCUGGGACCGUGGAGAGGAACCUUGUGGAGUAUUUCUUUUUUAACGAGCGCCUUCCUACAGAGCUAGGAUGGAGUGCGAAGAAAGACCCCGUUACCCUGGAGGACGUGAUGGGCGUCUCAGUGAUGAUCAACAAGGCUGCCAGUUUGAUAACGGGUUCUAACUCGAGCACUGCUGCGCAUAAGAGAAGGGGAGAUCUUCAUGCUGGGUUGGGAUUUUAG